UAAUUAACCUAAUACUUUAUUUCUUUAUUGUUUCACAAUCCACCGCCGCAAAGCAUUGAAAGAGUGGUGUUUAAGUAUGAUGCGGAGGAGAGGAGUGAAUCGUUUUCAGGGCUUUUACAGUCACAUUGCUCCUAAGCCCAGUAAUUCUCUUAAGCGUUUUACACCAACUAAUGGCCAGUUUGCAACAUAUGAUGAUUUUGAUGACGAUGCUGUUGUGGAUGUUAAGAUGCCUACUGGACUGUAUAAUGGUUCUGUCUCAUGUAAAGUUUCACAGUUUAUUAAGGCUAACAAGAAGAAACUAAAGGUGGUGUCUGGAGAUGAUGAGCCUAAGAGAGAUGAUUUUGGUGAACGAAGGAAAAAAUACGAGAAAUGGGUGUUAGCUGGUACUGGAAUUAAGACAGAGGAUAACAACAAUGAGGAUAACGAUGCUUGCGAACAAGCAAAAAAAUUGCGACCUACAAAACGUGCUGCGAAAGCUGAGACCUAUUCGACCGAUUUAAGGAAAUCAUCUGUCCCCUCUUUGCCUGAGGAGACUGUGGACGGAAAGCGCCAUAUCACUUCUCAGAUGUUAAAGAACAGAGGACUAACUCGAAGUCGCAACAAGUCGAAAAAGAAUCCUAGAAAGAAUUACAAGCUCAAGCAUCAAAAAUCUGUUAAGAAUCACAAGGGACAGGUUCAGAGUAUCAAAAUAUCAUUCUCACCUUAUGGCGGGGAAUCCUCGGGAAUUAACGCAAAUAUCAGUCGAAGCAUCAGAUUCAAGAGCUGAUUUUGUCAGUACAUUUUA